AUGGGAAAUAUUUUAUUAAAAUAAAAUUUAGGAAUAUUUUUUUCUCUAAUAGAAAUAUAUUCUGAAAAGCCUUAAUUUAUAAAGAUUGAUAAUUUAAAAUUCGAAUAGAAUAUCCUUCAUUAAUAUUAUACAGAUCCCUCUUAGACUUUAGCCAGUCUUUUUUAUGUCAAUUCAGCUUAGAGUUUCAUGAUGUUGAAUAAUAUCAUAUGUGUAAAUAAUUCUUUGACAAAUUCUUCCUAGUCAUUUUUUUCUUUAUUUUUAUCUGAAGUCUUGAUAGAAAAUUUUAAGGUUUAGAAUCAUAAUUACAUAGAUAAGGAAUUUUGGAUUCAGUAUUAUGAAAUUAAUUUACAGGAGGAUUAUAACUAGAAUGAUAUUUCUUAUUUUAUUUCGAAUUCAUUCAAAAUUGAGACUAUUGGAGGAGCUUUUUCAACAACAGUUACUAAACUUACUAUUCUUAAUGGAGAAUUUAAUUACAUUAUUGCAUAAAGUAGCCAAAUUUUUAAUAUCAUUACAUAAGGAGAUGGAAUAAUAAUUAUAAAAAACUGUAGUAUCACUCAUGCUUAUAAUUCACUAAUUUCUAAAGUUCAAAAUGAUGGUGCAUUUACAAUUAAUGGCAAAAAUAGUUUAUUAUCAAUUAAUCUUUAAAAUGUGACUUUUAUAGAUGUUUAAAAUAAAUUAUCAUCAUCCAUUUUUUCAAUAUAUCCUUCUUCUACUUAAAAUAAUAUCCAAUUCAAAAAUGUAAUAGCUUAAAAUUGUUUUUCACUUGUUCAUUAAAUAAUAAAUUUUGAAGCUGUUUUCCGGAAUGCUUAAAAUAAUAGAGUGAAAAUUGACAAUUUUACAAUAAUUUAGGAUGAAUAAGCUUUAAUGAAUUUUCUUUAAUCUAUUGGAAAAAUAAAUGUAAUUGAGAUGCAAAAAGUUUCUAGUGAUAAUGCAAUCAUGAAAUUCUAAGGAUGUGAAUUAAUUUUAAAUAAUAUACAAAUAGAAGGUAUAGUUUUAUCUUCAAUAAUAAAAGUAUUAGAUUCAAAAUUGAUUACAUUAAUGAAUUGUAGAUUUAUUAAUAUAUAAACAUUUUAUCCUUUGCAUAUAGUGGAUAUAUAACAGAACAAUAUUUAGUAAUCAAGUAUAUAUUUUAAUAACAUCAUAAUCUAAAAUUUAAAUGAUUUCAUAUUUAAUAAAUAGAAUUUAAAGUAUCUUGAUUAUAAUUAUAUUGAAUUAGAAUUUAUUUAAUGCAGCUUAUAUGUUAAUGAAGUAGUCUAAAAGAUUCACAAAGAAGAGUUUGUAUAAACCUUUUUUGAUGAUCUUGUUACUAAUUCGAUAUAAAAUGGAUCUUUAAUUAAGUUGAAGACUGCUACAAAUCAAACUAGAGUAUAUUUCUCAAAAGUUCUAUUAUUAAAUAAUGACUGUUAAAAUUGUUGGAAUGGUUUGCUUUUUUUUGAAUUGAUUGAUUUUCAAUAGCUUCGAAUAUCAGAAUUAUUAUGCAUUUAGAAUUCUAUAAAAAACUAUGGCUGUAUAUGGGCUAAAUCAGGUAUAAAAAUUAACGGAAUUUUAUUGAUUGACCAUUCAUCUUUCAUUUCUAACAAUGGAAGAUCAGGAUCAGGAAUUUUUGUGUAAAAUUUAAGACUAAAGUUAUCAAAUUCCAAAAUUAUCAAUAAUAUUGCUUCUUACAGAGGAGGUGGAUUCUAUUUCGAAGAAGGUACUGAUAGAUUUACUAUUCAAACUACAAUAAUAAUUAAUAAUUCAGCUGAAGAAGCAGGUGGUAUUUUUUUAAGUGGAAAUAGUAGUUUAAAUUAUAAUAAUUUUAUAUAGUCUCUAGUUUUAUUUAAUUUUGCAAAAUUAGCUUCAAAUAAUAUUAAUGAAAUACCUAAGCACUUAUGUUUAUCAAUAAAUUAACUAGAAAUGUAAUAGUAAGAAAAAAUAAGUGAAAAUCGUACUUAUUAAGUCCUAAAAUUAAAACCAUAUAAUAUUAUAUCUUAAGAUCAUUAAAUAUAAACCAAUUAUUUAUUUAUUCCUAGUGGUUAAUAAAUAUUGAAAUUUUAACUUUAUAAUCCUAAGCAUUUAAAAUUUUAAUCUUAUAUAACUGAAUUCACAAUAAAGUUUAAAAAUAGUAUGAAUGAACAAUAAAUAAAUUUUUUAAACUCCACUUGCAAUGUACAAUAAUAAAUUUUUGAUAUUAAAUCUUAAAAGAUAAUUGAAUCUAUUACAAUAUCAACAAUAGGUUUUAAUCAAUAAAUUAAAAGCUUUAAUUUAGGCUCAUUAUAAUUUAAUAUAGAUCCAUACAAGCAGGAAGAUAAAAUAUAGGAAAUUUUAAUAUACUGUAAAACAGAAUAUCAAAAGGAGAGUUUAGCUUAUAAAAUGAGAGUUAACAGCUUUUUAUGCCAAUUAGGUGAAUUUUAUAUUUUCUCUGGGUGCCAAAAAUGCUAAUCCGAAUAAGGAUUUUAUUCAGUGACGUUUAAUACAACGAAAUGUUCUCUUUUUGAUAAAAAUAAAUUUUAAGCCAUUACAUCUAAUAAAAUUUAAUUAAAGCCUGGGUUUUGGAGACCAAGUUAGAUUACUGAUUAUGUAGAAUUAUGCUAUAAAGAUCCAAAUCAUUGUUUAGGAGGAUGGGUUGUUGGUGAUGACCUUUGUUUUAUGGGUCAUAUAGGAGGAUUGUGUGAAGAAUGUGAUAAAUAUAAUGUAAGAGGAGAUGGGUAAUUCUUUAAAAAUUAGUAAUAACUGGAUUGUUAAUAAUGUGAUUAACUUUCAAAAAGGUUGAUAGCGUUUUUCUUAAUAUCAAUAUGGUAAAUAUAAUUAAUAUUUGUAAGGGCUAUUUUUUCUACACUUUUAACUAUUAGAAGUGUUGAAAGAACAAAUUAACUAUAUGUAUAGUUAAAACUUAAUUAAUAUUAAAAAUUUGCUGAAAUUUUAUUCAAACUCCAACAAGGUAUAAUAAAAUAUUUAUAUUAGAUCAUGAAAGUAUUUUACUUAAAUUAUUUCUUAAUUAUUUUUGGAUUUUUUCACUCAUCUUUACAUUCAAUAUUAGUUUUUCAAUAUCUUUAAACAUUGUUAAACCAUCAAAUGAUACUUCUUAUUUUAUGGCUAAUUUUUUCGAAUGUUUAUUGGCUGAAAUUUAAGGAAUAGAAUUAAUUUAUAGUAGAAUCUUAGUUAUGUUUGGAAUUAUGGUCUGUUAGAUAUUGAUUAUUUUUAUUGGAUUUUAACUAUUAGAUAUUCUAAAAUUCUAUAAAUUUCAGAGUAGAAUAAUAUCAAUUACUAUUUUAUAUUUGUAUAUAUAAAAUUAUGCUUCAUUAAUAAAUUAGUAAAAGUUAUUAAUAUUUUAAGAUUUUUUUCAAUUCUGGCAAUUAGAAGGAUAUCAGAUUUAAAUUACAUACAAGGUGAUGUUUCCUUAAUUUAUGGAUCUUAGAGUCAUAUUUCUUGGAUUUAUGGAUUUGUAAUCCCUGGAUCAUUAAUUAUUGGAUUAAUUCUACCAUUAUCUUUACUUAUCCUUCUGUACAUAAACAAAGAUUAGCAUAACAAAAUAAAUUUUAGAAGACAUAUAGGAUAUUUAUUUAAUGAAUAUACUCAAAAGAACUAUUUUUGGGAGAUUAUCAAGUUAUGGAAGAAAACAAUCAUUAUAAUAAUUCUAAUAUAUUUUGAAACUGAUAUAUUUUUGAAGGCAUCAUUAUUAGGUCUUUGCUUAUUGAUUUAUUCAGUCUUUACUUAAAAUUAUAAGCCUUAUAUUCUUCAUAAGCUUAAUUUAUUAGAUAUCAAAAGUGCCCAGUUUUGUUAGAUUGCAAUAUUUUUAGCAUCUGUAAAAUAUAUUUGUGAAUAAUAAGAGAAAUAAAAUAUUUCAUUUAUUAUACAAACUGUAAUUAUUUUAGAUAGCAUAAUUUUGGGUUACCCAUUUAUAAUUGAUAUUCUCAAAGUUUAUUAUUAAAAGUACAAGUUCCAAAUUAUGUAAUUGCUAUUAAAAGGAUUUCAAACUUUGAGACCUAAUUUUGUUGCGACAAGGUAUCUUAAAAAACAAUUAACUUUGUUGAGUUAGAAAGAAGAAAAGAGUAAAAGAAAUAUCAAAAAACUGAAAUAAAUCCUGUUCUCAAACAAAUCAAAAAGCUAUAUGUAAUAUCUUUGAUUUAUUUUUAGACCAAAAAGUGGCUUAUAAAUAUUUAAUACAAACAGUGAAAAAAAAAUAUCAAUUAAAACUGUAGAAUGCUAUCCAAAAAAAGCGAUUUGA